GGUGCAGCAAACUGGAGUCGGAUCAAUUCCCACAUAGAUCUCUGAGUGUCAACACAUCCUCCGACGUGUCCCAGAUCUUGGGAUGUGAAGGAUGUUGGAGCUCACAUUUGUUCAGUACCUUACAGUCAAAAGGAUGACACAACUGUAACAUAAUUGAUUCCUACACAGCUGUCUGAAUAACCUCAACUUAGCAGCUCCACAGUCUCACAGCCACUUUUGUUACCACCGCACUGUUCAACCAACAAGUUAAGAUGCCCUGGCCAUUUUCAGAGUCCAUCAAAAAGCGGGCCUGCAGGUACCUCCUUCAUCGGUACCUGGGGAAUUUUCUGCAGGAGAAACUAAGCUUGGAUCAGCUCAGCCUUGAUCUUUAUCAAGGCACUGGGUCCCUUGCACAAGUACCAUUGGAUAAAUGGUCCCUCAAUGAGCUCCUGGAGACGGCAGAUGCUCCCUUUGAGGUAAUUGCAGGGUUCAUCCAGACGAUAUCUCUGACCGUUCCAUGGGCAGCGCUGCUACAGGAAAACUGUGCCCUGGAGGUCAAGGGUUUGGAGAUGGUGCUAAGACCAAGACCGAGAGCGGCUUCUGGCACUGAGCCCAUGUACUGGUCCAGUUUCAUGACAAGCAGCAUGCAGCUCGCCAAGGAAUGCCUGAGCCAAAAACUCACCGACGAUAUGGGAGAAAGCUUUCAGCCUUUUGAAGGAUUGGAGAAGUUUGCAGAGACAAUAGAAACAGUUUUGAGACGAGUCAAAGUGACAUUUUUGGAUACCGUUCUCCGAGUCGAACACAUUCCAGAAAAUUCUAAAACUGGAAUUGCACUUGAACUUCGAAUCAGGAAGAUUGUGUACUGCGAUGAAACCGGGGAAGAGAGUCCAAGUGUAAAUGUGCAUCAGCCAACCACAUUCGCCCAUAAAAACAUGCAGAUGGAAGGAAUCACUGUAUUCUGGGACGAGUUCUCAGUCGUGUCUCGCGAUUGCAGAUCCUCACCCACCCCUCCGGAAACCGAGCCAAAGCUCUCCCCCAGCUGGAAUCCCAAAAUUAUAUGUGAGCCCCAUCCACAGUUUACAGAGCCGCUGUCCUCCAUGACCCCCUUUGAGACUGUGCAGGUCGGAAGCCUCAGUGGUAAAAUUGAGCUGUCCCUCACUCUGAAAAACAACCUAGCUCUGCCUGGUGCAAAGUUGGAUGUUGUUGGACACAUUGAUAAACUGCUUAUCCUGCUCUCCCCACGCCAAGUUCAUCUACUCUUGGAUUUAUUUGGAGCCUUUUCUGGAGGAGGUGCACAAGAAUGGAAUAAGGACAGAAAAAAUCGUCCCAUGCAACAAGAGGAUGAGUAUCGUCUCCAUUUGGAGCUGAACCGAUGUCUGAAGAAAGACACCGCUGUUCCAGGAACGGACCCAGACCUUUUCGACAGCCAGACCACCAGAACUGUAUCGAGUCGAGAUGAUGUGUUCUUCUCCAUGGCUGACAUGGACAUGUCUCACAGCUUAUCGUCCCUCCCUCCUCUCGGAGAACCGCCCACUGUUGACUUGGACUUGUCUCUCAACAGCAACUACUCUGCCUCGCCUGGAGAGUCUCCAUCUGGAAAUGCAGCAGCGCUGUGGGAUGACUACAUGGAUGUACCGCGACAACGAGAGAAACAGACGAGUGAAUCCUCUGCCCAGUCGCGGGAUUCACAGCUCCCUCAGAAACUACUGAGACAAACCUCCCAUUCGUCUAAAACACACGGGGAUGAAUCAAGACCAGAGCUGGUGCUAAAGCUGUCGCUGAGUGGCUUUGCAGUCUCUGUCCUCCACAUUGACCCGCUGCCACCUCCACAUGCCGCCCCCAGCCCGGUUGGACCCCUGGCAGGACAUUUUUUCAGCGCACAAGGCCCGGACCAGCUUUCUCCAGACGCUUUCCUUCGGUCUCGAUCAAUGUUUGAUCAGGCUUGUACCCAUGAUCAUUUAAGGUUUGUUGGCCAGGGUUUGAAGAUAAACUACGAGCACUGUCAGGGAUCAAACCUGCGGACUUUCAGGACUGACAUCUCCCUGAGGCAGAUGGAGUUUGUUGAAUGCCUGUUUCCCUCAGAGCCUCCAGUUGGUGGAAACCACAGAGGAAUCCAGUACACUGAGCUCUUAACAUUUGAGACCCCAGUCAGUGAUGAAGCACCUCUUUCCACCUGCCUUCACCUGCUGUACAAACUGGCUGAACGCAGAGGCCCUCAGGCAGGCCAGGUGCGUCUCAGCACAGUACCCAGGAAAGCCGAGAUCCGGGUGGAGCUGGGUCCUGUGCGCUCCGAGCUGGACAUCAGCAUCGUCGACCGUCUCAACUCUCUGCUGCAGCCUCAGAAAUUAGCAACCACAGAGAUGAUGGCCUCCCACUUGUACACAUCUUACAACAAACACAUCAGUUUGCACAAAGCCUUUGCAGAGGUUUUCCUGGACGACACCCACACUCCCUCCAACUGUCACAUAUCACUGACAGUGAAUGCUCCGGUUCUCGGCCUCUCUGUGCGCUUCCCUAUUCCCGACCUGCGUUCAGAUCAGGAGAGAGGCCCCUGGUUCAAGAAGUCCCUGCAGAAAGAAGUUCUGCUUAUGGAGCUGGAAGACCUGGAGAUGAAAACAGAGUUCAUGGGCGGAAGCUCACCCAACCAAACCAAAAUGGAGCUCACCUUCAAGGAACUUACUGGAAAGUUCCAGGAGGAGCCAGAUCAACCGGCUGCCCGUUUCCUCAGGGUUUCCCACAACAUGGAAGGAGACAUGAUGACGUCUGAGAGUGUUAAGUUUGACUGGCCGAGGGUCGUCCUGAAGAUGAAUCCCACCACGGUCCAUUCAAUACUGGAGCGUGUGACAGCUGAAGAUGAUGAAGGGGCUGAGGAUCAUUCACUUGAGGAAGAGGAGGAGGAAGGGGGUGCUCAUUCGUUGAAGGACGUGUGUGACUUUGGGAAACCAGAGCCGUCGCCCUUUUCUUCGCGCAAGGUUAUGUAUGAGACUGAGGAGAUGAUCAUUCCUGGUGAUGUUGGUGAAAUGACAGAGUUCCAGGAAAAAACCAUGAACAACUCUCGCUUCAUCCUGGAGCUGUGUUUCCCUAAUGUGCAGCUGGCGCUGCCCGGCAAGACUUUCUAUGAGAAGCUGCACAACAGGAUAAGCAAUGACCUUCUGCUGUGGGAGCCCACUGCCCCGUCCCCAGUGGAAACCAUAGAAAGCAUGCCGUAUGGAAUUGGACUGUCUGUUGCCAGCCAGUUGAUUAACACUUACUCCAAAGACAGUUUCAGCCAGUUUCGCUCUACUGGCCCUGAGGAGGAGACCAGUGGCUCAGAGGAGGAGACUAUGCAUUACUAUUCUCCUGCCUCGGAUCUGGGCUUCAGAUCUCGAAAGAAGAAAAAGCCCAAAGCGCACAGCAAAACCUCCCAGAGCCUCUUCUCUGUCAUCCUCUCUGUUAAUCAUGGGUUAGUGGCGCUUCAGACAAACUCUAAGGAAGAAGAUAAAUCUUUACUUAGAAACAAACAUGGGGAGUUCUGGAUUGAGGUGAAAAAUGCCGUUUUGUUCAGCGUCACUCAGUAUGAAGGCUUCAAGGACCAACACUACAUUUGCUUUCACACCAGCAGCGUUUGCAUGUACCAGCAAGGACUCCUAGAUGGAGGGAUCAAUGUCUUAGACAUCAAGUUGCCGUGCAGGACACAUCCCCACUGGCUGGAGCCGACCAUCUACCAAUCAGAGACUUCUUCAGAAAGGGCCUCGACCCCCUCGGAGGGUAUCGGUCUGGAGGCCCGGAGCAUGGUGUCAGUCGCAGUCAAAAUCUCAUCACAGAGCGCAGAAUGCAACCUCAAGGAGUUUCUGGUUGCUGUUGGAGUGAGAGGAGCCACACUGCAGCACAGAGUGGUGCCACCUAAUCUGGGCUGGUACGAUCAGAUUGUUGACUUUCUGAAUGUUUCGGCUGAGCCUGUGUUGGGUUACGCCCCUCCCAUGUCUGUCACCACUCUACAUUUACACCUUUGGAGUUGCUCAUUAGACUACAGACCUCUCUACCUGCCACUCAGGUCUUUGGUGUUUGUAGAAACAUUUAGCAUCUCCAGCAGCGUCUCCUUAGACAAUUCAUCUUCAACCUUAAGGAUAAUUUUGGAUGAAGCUGCUCUGUUCCUCUCGGACAAGAACAAUAUGGUUUCUGUUAAUCUUGCGCGGGACUAUGUUCAGGUUGUAGACAUGGGGACACUAGAGCUGAGGAUUACAGCUGUCAAACCUGGAGCAGAUGGAAAAUUGUCAGAGCCCAGAUUUGAGCUGCGCUGCUCCAGUGAUGUGAUCCACAUCAGAACGUGUUCGGACUCCUGCGCUGCCCUGAUGAACCUCAUCCAGUACGUGGCCAGCUAUGGAGACCUGAUGCCCCCGGAGGAACUGGAGACCAAGCGCAGCAGCACCACACAAAAAAACAAGGCGGAGGUUCCCAGCAGACCAACAUCUCAGAUCCCGCUGCUUGCUGAGAAUGAGCUGCAGAUGCUGCAGGACCUGAUGAGUGAAGCUAUGGAGGAGAUGGACGGGCAGCAAGCGCCGUGCCCGCAACAAAAUGGUUCCCAUGAGGAAGAGACUCAUGACCACGAUGCACCCCGCUCAGACCUCUUCCUGUUCCCUGAUGAGAGUGGGAAUUUAAGCCAAGAUACAAGUCCCACGUACCCCAUUCUUGCCUCUCCGCUCAUCACACCUGCGCCCAACCUGGCCCAAGAGACGGAUGACUUUUGCAUUUUGGAAACUCCUGAUUCCAGAGGAGAGGAUCAAGACCAGGAGCCUGUGGUAAAGCAGCUCACCUCGGAUCCAGUGGAAAUCAAAGACGAUCACUUCAGUCAGCCUUUGGAAGGGAACGAUUCCAGUCGUGGAGCCGUGAACUUUCCCAUCCCAGAGGUCCGCUACCUCAUUAGGGAGAUUUCUGUCAUCUGGCAUCUUUACGGAGGAAAAGACUUUGGGAGUUUGGCGUGCAUUGCUUCACCUGCCCGAAGCCGGGGAUCUACUCCUCAUAGCUCCCCAUCUCAAACUCCAGUUAGACAAGUGAAGAGUUUGGGCCGUAUCGGAGGAGGAAGAGGAAGAAACCCUGAUGUCCUGAUGGAGAUACAACUCAGCAAGGUGAGAUUUCAGCAUGAGGUGUACCCACAGACCCCUGUAGCAUCUCGUCCAGCGAUGGACCAGCCAGUGUCCCGCCAGGUGUUUGCUGUGCAGGACUUGGAGAUUCGGGACAGACUUGCUACCUCACAGAUGAACAAGUUCCUGUACUUGUACUCCAGCAAGGAAAUGCCUCGAAAAGCCCAUUCAAACAUGUUGACAGUUAAGGCUUUGCAUACGUGUCCCGAGUCAGGCCAGGCGCCUCCUGAGUGCUCCUUGCGUGUUUCUCUAAUGCCUCUUCGCCUCAAUAUUGAUCAGGAUGCGCUGUUCUUCUUGAAGGAUUUCUUUAGUAGUCUUGCAAAUGAAGUGGAGUUUUUCUCCCCUCCUGCUCAAGAAACUGUUUGUGUUACAACAAAGAAAGUCGCUGCCCCAGAGAUCUCCUGCAGCUUCUCCAAACAGACCUUUAGCAGCCAGGAUCCAGCCCCGAUUAUUUCAGUUCCUGCUCAGAGGCAGAUCAGCAUCAAUAGUUUCUCAACGUCGGGCAGGGAGGAAGCAAAUGAUGGCGAAGCUUCUUCCUCUCCGUUUUCAGACCAACCGAUCUUCUUCAGAGAAUUUCGGUUCACUUGUGAGGUUCCAAUUCGACUGGAUUACCAUGGGAAACAUGUAUCGAUGGAUCAGGGAACAUUUGCAGGAAUCAUCUUUGGGCUGACACAGCUAAAUUGUUCAGAACUGAAACUGCAGCAGCUCUGCUAUAGACAAGGAUUACUUGGUGUGGACAAGCUGUUUUCCUAUGCAAUAAAUGAGUGGCUAAAUGACAUAAAGACCAAUCAGCUUCAAGGAAUACUAAGUGGUGUGGCGCCUAUUCACACUCUGGUGAAACUGGUUCACGGCCUGAGGGACCUGGUGUGGCUCCCUAUUGAGCAGUACAGAAAGGACGGCCGGAUAGUCCGGGGAUUUCAGCGUGGCACGGCCUCCUUCGGGACCUCCACAGCCAUGGCUGCUUUGGAGCUCACAAACAGGAUGGUGCGGACCAUCCAGGCAGCAGCUGAGACAGCUUAUGACAUGGUUUCUCCAGUACCUGACGAAAGAGACACAAAGAGGGUAAAACGGUACUCCCAUUAUGGCCUUGCUCAUCAGCCUGUGGACCUGAGAGAAGGUGUAGCCAAAGCUUACACUGUGGUGAAAGAGGGCAUCACAGACACCGCUCUUACCCUUUAUGACACGGCGACACGGGAGCACGAGCAGCGUGGGAUGACGGGAGCGGUCGGCGGAGUCCUCCGCCAGCUGCCACCAGCUGUAGUCAAGCCACUCAUCAUGGCCACUGAAGCCACGUCUAACGUCUUGGGUGGGAUGAGGAACCAGAUUCACCCCGAUGCGCGUCAGGAGGAGUCACAGAAAUGGAGGCACGAGGAGGAGUGAUUCUUACUGCUAUGAAACCAUGACUGUAAAGCAGAUGCAGGCAGGAAUGGGGGUUUUUUUGUGCUUGAGGAAAGGCUGGCAGUGACUUCUGGUGUAAAUAAAAACAGUCUCAUCCUGUGGCAGUGUGACCUGAUGCCAUCCAGCUAACGGUUCCCUCACAGUGCCUUCAUGGUCAUCAGCAGUGUACACCGUUUUGCUCAAUAAAUGGAUUAUAUAAAUUAUAAAUGUGCAAGCCACAUAUCAUUCUGAUCGGACAUAAAUUGUGUCAGAUUAGAAAACAGAAUUGUGACAGGUCAUCUCAUUAGCUUCCUUUUCAAGCAGCUCUGUUUACAGAUAGUGUUGUUAUCCUACCACUACUACUUAGUGUCAGCAAAAACUAGAGUACGAGGUUUAAUUUAUUACAUGUUCUAUGCUAUUUACUGUAAAUAUUCCAACUUUGUAAUCCAUGCAAAUUUAAAACAAGAACUGAAACCAAAUGUGUCAAAGGUGUGUAAAGUUAUUUAAUAAGCACUUUUAAGUGACUUGAAGGGUUACAUGUCCAAAUAAAUGAACAGGAAGGUAAUCCAAACACAUUGUACAGCUGCACAGGUUUAUUUUGAACUGUAAGGUGUGCUAUUUUCACAAAAGCUGCUAUUCAGAAAGUCACUUUUAAAUAUUUUGUUUCCUUUAGUUGCAGCUUUUUACAAAAAUGAUUCAUCUGCAUCUCUCAUGUCUUAUCAACUGUUUUUAUUUCAGCGAAUGAAUAUGGAUGUUGUGAUAAUUUGCAUCACACAAUUUAGAUUUGCAUAUUUUAUUGUUUAUGUGGGAAGAAUAAUUUUUCCUGGGCAUAAGUGUAAUGUAUUAAUUGUAUUAAAGAGGUUAGAGGUAAAUAAACUGUUCAGAUCA